CUUUAAGACUGGGUCGUUACGGCUAAGAUUGGACCGUCGGUGCCACGCUGCGGCGCCUGCUCACUAGAUGUUCGGGUCCUGGGGCUCCUGUCGGCUCCACGACUGUGACUCCGCCGCCUCUCGAUCACCGAUGAGCGGGAGGCUUUUGUUUUCUGCCCCGUUCCGUUCGAGCAGCUCUUUUACCGGAGAAUGAUCAGGAGAACCGGGACUGGUACUGCACGGACAGCGCAGAGAAGCACCGGAGAAACACGAUAUUGACAUGAAGAAAGACAUCGAGACGCUAAUAGCAGAGGAACGUUCAGAAAUCAUCCUGAAAUAUGCAACGGGCCGACAUGGAGGAGUGGACAUCGACCCCUGGGAGGAUGCUGAUUACAGCGUCUAUAAAUCCAUCGACCGCUUCGGCUUCAUGCAUGAGAACGAGCUGCCGGCGCCAACGGUACACGAGGAGAAGCAGAAGCAGCUGGAGGUCGAGCGAGCGGAGAAAUGGUUAAAGAUGGCGAACAAGUGGUGGAAAUACAGGAACAGCCACAAGAUGGUGAAGCGGGUGUACAAGGGGAUCCCCCUUCAGCUCCGGGGCCGGGCCUGGAGCCUGAUGCUGGAUGUGGAGCGGACCAAGAGUGAGAACGAGGGCAAAUACGAGAAAAUGAAGGAGCAGGCUCGACUGUGCUCGUCGGAGAUCAAACAGAUCGACCUGGACAUCAACAGGACCUUCAGGAACCACAUCAUGUUCAUGGAUCGCUUCGGGGUCAAGCAGCAGUCCCUGUUCCACGUCCUCGCUGCGUAUUCGGUUUACAACACCGAGGUGAGUUACUGUCAGGGCAUGAGUCAGAUCGCCGCCCUGCUGCUCAUGUACAUGAAUGAGGAAGACGCCUUCUGGGCUCUGUCUCAGCUGCUGACCAAUGAGAAGCACGCCAUGCAUGGUUUUUUUGUUCCAGGGUUUCCCAAACUUCACAGAUUCCAAACACAUCACGAUCAGAUCCUUUCCAAACUCCUCCCCCGGCUGAAGAAACAUCUGGACCGGGAGCAGAUGUCUGCAGGGAUUUACUGCACCAAGUGGUUCAUGCAGUGCUUCAUCGACCGGACGCCCUUCACUCUGACGCUUCGGCUGUGGGACAUCUUCAUCCUGGAGGGAGAGGCGUCUCCUCACCGCCAUGUCCUACUGCAUCCUGAGAUACACAGAAAGCGUCUCCUGAAGAUGUCCCUGGAGGAUCUGAGGGAGUUUCUGCAGGAACGGAUCGCUCAGACCUUCUUCCACAGUGAUGAUGUCGUCAUCGAGCAGCUGCAGGCCUCCAUGAUGGAGCUACGGAAGAUGAAGCUGGAGCUCCCUCCUCCUGGGAAAGCCGACGAGCUGCCUGGAAAACCGCUCGGCCAGGAGCUGCCUGUCCGGCUGAGUCCGGUCCAGUCCUCCAGAGGGAGACCGUCUUCACCUGGGAGUUUCCCCAGAGCCAGACUGAGCCUUCAAAUCAUCUCCCACCAACCGGACUCCAUUUCUCCGGACCAGAGCCCGUCCAAGGACCCCAGGGACCUGGAAGCUGUGGAGGAGCAAGAUGCCCCUCUACCGUCCCCAGAUCCCAUCAUCGUCCACAGCCGGGUCCCGCUCACUCCAGACGGAUCCCCGCUGACGGGGCCACCUCCUUACCAGCCACUGACGAGCCCAGAACCAGACCAGGACAAACCUCCACCUGACUUAGCUGAUGACCCAUCUGCUGACUCUCCCGGGAUCGGGAAUUGUGCUCAUUCCUCCUGCAGAGUCUCACGGACCCUUUCAGCACCCUUGACUCAGGUGCUGGCGCCGGCUUCGGGUCUGGUUCAGUCAGAGAGUCUGACAGCUGUAGAGGUAGCCAGGGACCAGGACCCGGGUAUAGAACCAGAGGUUCUGACUCAGCAGAUGGACCAGCACCAUUCCAGGAGUACGGAAACUCGGACUCCUACAGAGCCGUAA